GCGCCAGCCGAUGGCGUGAUUCGCUUUGAUCCUGCCGACUCUUCCCCUCUUUCCCAUCCCUUCAGCGCCAUUUACGUCCACUCAUUAACCUGAACAACCGUCAUCAAUUGCCCUCCCAUGUCUCCGCACGAUCAGUCGGAAGAGGAGGGUGUUCGCCGCCCGCUCCUGGCCGAUUCCAGAGGGACCGAUGCCGCAUUGGGCCCAAAGUUCACCCGCAAUCUCGGAGCCAUCGAGGCCUUUGGCAUCGUCAUCAGCAUUGUAAUCGGUAGUGGUAUCUUCACUUCUCCAGGUUCCAUCGACACAAAUGUUCCAUCUCCAGGAGUCGCGCUUAUUGUGUGGCUGGUCGGAGGUACUCUGGCCUGGACCGGUGCCAGCACUAUGGCCGAGCUAGGCACUGCUAUUCCGGGCGAAGGAGGCGUGCAGCCAUAUCUUCGAUACAUCUACGGAGAUGUCUUUGGAUUCCUUGCUGCUUGGACUUGGAUCGUCGCCGUGAUGCCUGCAACGCUGGCCGUUUUGAGCAUCGUAUUUAUUGAAAGCAUCUUCUCCGCGGCUGGUGUCACCGAUCAGGCUGGAAGCCUUUCGCAUAAGCUGCUCUCCAUUCUUGUAUUGUUGGUGAUCGGUCUGGCCAACUCCAUCAGUACCAAGGUCAGCACCCGAUUGAAUGGCUUUUCAGUCACGACCAAAUUCAUAGCCAUUGCCGCAAUUGUGGUGGCUGGUCUAGUUGUCGUCAUCCUGCAAGUCUCCGGAAUCAACCGCGAUGCUGGGUCAAAUGACUGGCUCAAGCACUCUUGGUUCGGAUCUAGGAACACCUGGACGCCGGACGGUCGGGAGAUCGACUGGAGUUCCAUGCACGGGUGGGAAUCGCUAGGUUACUAUUCUACCGCGCUCUAUGGUGCUCUCUGGGCUUAUUCGGGCUGGGAUAAGGCAAUCUACGUUAGCGCAGAGCUCUCUGCUCCUGCUCGUCAGCUUCCAUUGGCCAUCAACACUGCCCUCCCCAUCAUCAUUCUUUGCUUCCUUGCCGCUAAUGCCGCGUACUACAUCCUUCUUCCAUGGAAGAUCGUUUCUACCACUGACAGCGUGGCCGUCACCGCAAUCACCCAUCUCCUAGGACCAGCGUUUGGUAUCCUCGCUGCCAUAGUGAUCUGCCUCGUGGUCGCCGGCUCCCUGCUCGGAAACUCCUUUGUGGCCGGUCGCAUGAUUGUCGCGGCAUCGAAGCUGGAUUGGUUCCCUCGGUUCCUGGGUGUGCUUGGACACGUAGGAAUGCCUCCUGACCCAGAGCCUCCUUCUCAGUCAACUCCCCGAUCGGACGCGCCAAUCAAUGCCACAAUUCUGGCUACCCUGUUGCCAAUCCCGUACCUGCUGUUCGGAAAUUUUCGCGCUCUUCUCACCUUCAAUGGUCUGGGAGAGUACUCGUUCUUCUUCUUGACCGUCUUAGGUGCCAUCCUUCUGCGAUUCCGGCAGCCUGAUCUUCAUCGGCCUUACAAACCCUUCAUCGCUAUUCCGCUGGUUUUUGCCCUCGUCAGUGGCUUUGUAGUGGUGAGGGGAGCCGUCUUCGCACCUCUGCAAGCGGUAAUCCUUAUUUCGGUCUGGAUUAUUGGUAUGGGGUUCUAUUACCUUCGGGCUUACCUUCGGAGGGAGAGAGUGACUAGAAGAAGCGAAUAGACUCGGGUAGAAGUGGAAGAAUUACUCGCGAUUCCUUCAUAUUCAGGCCUGCGUUUGGUGAAAUCUUUCUGCUCGUUACAAUAUGGUUCUUCAAAACCUGAACACUAUUUUGACACAUAGUUUGAACUGCGCGAUGUACAUCAUACAAGACGAUGAUUUGAUGGCAAGGCUUUUUUUGAGGAACCCGUGACCCCUCAGGCUAGUGCAGUGUGCAGUUAAGAGGGGGGAGGGAUCGGAGAAAUCGAUGUGCAUAACUUCGUCUAUGACCAC